GUCACCCGUAUCAUCACUUCGCAUCUCCUUCACCGUCGAGGAGUCCCAUUAAUCGCAGCUUGGCGUGGAGGUGGUGUUGUUGGACGUGGAGGAGGAGGAGCUCUGCUUACUCAAACGAGGGGGGCUUAUAAUGGCGGUUACCCCUUCCACUACGUAGUGCAGUACGAUGAUCCUAACUACGACUGUGAAGCCGAUUUCGAAUUCGAGGAAAUUCCCAGAGAUGAGUUUGGCGUGCCUGCUCACAUCCCUCCUGAGCUAUCGACUCAAAUUCGUCACACUUACUACGUUCCACCUCAAUAUUAUCCUUUUCUCAAGAAGUUGGGUGAGGACACCCCCGAGCUGAAGCCUUACACGGAUAAGUUGAUCAUGGGCGAUAUGACCUACGACGAUUACGAAGAAAUGUUCUACAAGUUCGCGAAACCACUUAAAAUCUACAGGAGUCGUUUGCCUUUACCAUACAGAACAGAUGAGGAGAUUUCUCAGGAAAAAUAUGUCAAUUGGUGUGGGAGAUGGUAUUCGUAUCGUCAGAGACUUCAGGGCGAUUAUUACUCGCGUCAUUAUUUCCGAGAUUGGUUAAUCGGUGUUAUGCUGGGUAUGUACCUUGGCAACCUUUGUGUACAACAACAUAGGCAAUAUCGCGUUGAUAUGAAGUUAUUCUAUUUGGAAGCUCCUGAGCAUAAAAUAAAUUGGGUUAAACCACGCGGAGAUCUUUGAGGAAAUUUUCAUGUCAUAUUUCACUUCAUGGUACAGCGAGUUGGCAGUCCAUAGGUCGUCUCUCGCAUUGUUAACAACAACAGGCUUUCUUGCCUAAAACAGAAAUCUUAAUUUUUUUUGUUGA